UUAAACUACCCUCUCAAAUCUCAACAAGUCAAAAGUCAAUACGGAGUACUGAACUGUGUGAGCCUCUGUGAGGGGUUUUACUGUGAACACUUAAAACCCUAAUUCCCAAUUCCUGCUAUCGCAAUUCAAAAUCUUUUGAAAUUUCUGCAGAAAUUACAAAUUUCAAUCGAAAUAACUUUGCAUAAUGUCGCUCAGAGGAGUUUGGCAGCUUCAGAAACUCAUCGUUAGCUACUGCGAUUGGGGAGGCAGCAGCAGGGGUAUCAGGGCAUUCAUGGAAACAAAUUUGCCAUCAAUUAAGGAGAGCAAUCCACGAAUAGAGGUUGUUACGGAACUCAUUCGUGGACAGCAUCCACAUCUGAAGGCUUUCUAUCGAAACAAGAAUGAACGAGUUGUUUGUGUGAAGAAUAUGACACCAGAAGAUGUGCUGCUACAUGCAAAUAGGUUGAGGAAUGCCUUGGGAAGGAAGGUGAUAAAGUUGAAGACAAGACAUGUCACAAAGCACCCUAGUGUACAAGGCACCUGGACAACUGCUCUGAAAUUAUGAAGCAACAAAAAACCUUUGUGGUUAAUGAUCCUGCUGGCAAUAAGAUGGCAAUCAUAUGAAACUUAUAGUGUCUUUUUACGCCCGUGUUAGUUUCUUUUUGAAGAUAGCUCAAAAUUUGGUUAAUGAUACUGGACCUUAGCUGUUUGCAAACUAGGAUUGAGAAUUCAUCCUUGGGUUUUUUUUAUGACCACAUUGCUCUAGCCUCUCGCCUUCUUUUGUAACCUUGGUUUUUUAAUGAUCACACUGUAUUGCUUCGCAGGUAGCAUAUGCAAGUACUCAUCUUGCUACCUUGGUUUAUCAUGAUCACAUUGUAUUGCAUAGCCUGCUCCAUUGGUUUGCUUACAAAAGUCAGAUGAACAAAAUAACGAUUGUGUAGGUUAAUCUUAUUUCCUAGAUGAGUUUAACAUUCAA